UCCGGGAUGCGGAGCCGGGGGCCGCCGGUGGAGCUGUGCGGGGUGAGAGGUGCGGGGAAGGGGGCUGCCUGCUGCCCUCGCCCUCGUCCCCCACCGGCGGGCCCCGGCAGGAAUUCAGGAGCCGCGCGGCCAGGGCCUCUUAGAGCCCUAACGUUUGGGGGGGACAGGUGAACCCAUCGCCCUACCCCCACCCCGCCCCGCCUGGGCAGCUGAAUCAGCGGGGCCGACCCUGCCUUCUUAAGGAGGCAUUUUCUUGCUCCUGCGGAGGCCCCCCAGCCAUGAACCCCAGGAGCCCCCUAGGACUCGCAGGGACUGUCCCCCAUCCUGGCCGCCAGGGCCCGCCCUCUGCAUCCCGCGGGCAGCCUGUGUGAAGCGGCCUCCCGCAGCCCCCGGCCCCUCCCCCAUGGAAGAGGAGGAGGGGACGGCGGCCAAGGAGUGGGGCACGACCCCCACGGGGCCUGUCUGGACCGCGGUGUUCGACUACGAGGCGGCGGGCGACGAGGAGCUGACCCUGCGGAGGGGCGACCGCGUCCAGGUGCUUUCCCAGGACUGUGCGGUGUCGGGCGACGAGGGCUGGUGGACCGGGCAGCUACCCAGCGGCCGUGUGGGCGUCUUCCCCAGCAACUACGUGGCCCCCAGCGCCCCGGCCGCGCCCGCAGGCCUCCAGCUUCCUCAGGAGAUCCCCUUCCACGAGCUGCAGCUAGAGGAGAUCAUCGGUGUAGGGGGCUUUGGCAAGGUCUACAGGGCCUUGUGGCGUGGCGAGGAGGUGGCCGUCAAGGCCGCCCGGCUAGACCCCGAACGGGACCCAGCAGUGACAGCAGAGCAGGUGCGCCAGGAGGCCCGACUCUUUGGAGUCCUGCAGCACCCCAACAUCAUUGCCCUCAGAGGUGCCUGCCUCAGCCCCCCACACCUCUGCCUAGUGAUGGAAUAUGCCAGGGGAGGUGCACUGAGCAGGGUGCUGGCAGGUCGCCGUGUGCCCCCUCACGUGCUGGUCAACUGGGCUGUGCAGGUGGCCCGGGGCAUGAACUACCUACACAGUGAUGCCCCUGUGCCCAUCAUCCACCGGGACCUCAAGUCCAUCAACAUCCUUAUUCUGGAGGCCAUUGAGAACCACAGCCUCUCAGACACGGUGCUCAAGAUCACAGACUUUGGCCUCGCCCGCGAGUGGCACAAGACCACCAAAAUGAGUGCCGCAGGGACAUACGCCUGGAUGGCUCCAGAGGUUAUCCGUCUCUCCCUCUUCUCCAAGAGCAGUGAUGUCUGGAGCUUCGGGGUGCUCCUCUGGGAGCUGCUGACGGGUGAGGUCCCGUACCGUGAAAUCGACGCCUUGGCCGUGGCGUACGGCGUCGCUAUGAAAAAGCUGACGUUGCCCAUUCCCUCCACAUGCCCUGAGCCCUUUGCCCGCCUACUGGAGGCUCUGUGGAAGCAGUUUGUCCACAGUCCCUCAAAGUCCUGCCUUCCGCUGAGCAGGCCGAUGCCCCAGAACAUGGCCCCUGACAUCUCCACUCCCACUGCUGCCCUCCCCACCCCCACCCCAGAAUGCUGGGACCCAGACCCCCAUGGCCGGCCAGAUUUCCGCAGCAUCUUGAAGCAGCUUGAAGUUAUCGAACAGUCAGCCCUGUUCCAGAUGCCGCUGGAGUCCUUCCACUCGCUGCAGGAAGACUGGAAGCUGGAGAUUCAGCACAUGUUCAAUGACCUCCGGACCAAGGAGAAGGAGCUCCGGAGCCGCGAGGAGGAGCUGCUACGGGCGGCACAGGAGCAGCGCUUCCAGGAGGAGCAGCUGCGGCGGCGGGAGCAGGAACUGGCCGAGCGCGAGAUGGACAUUGUGGAGCGGGAGCUGCACCUGCUCAUGUGCCAGCUGAGCCAGGAGAAGCCCAGAGUCCGCAAACGCAAGGGCAACUUCAAGCGCAGCCGCCUGCUCAAGCUUCGGGAAGGCGGCAGCCACAUCAGCCUGCCCUCCGGCUUUGAGCAUAAGAUCACAGUUCAGGCCUCUCCAACCCUGGACAAGCGGAAAGGAUCCGAUGGGGCCAGCCCUCCUGCAAGCCCGAGCAUCAUCCCCCGGCUGAGAGCCAUUCGCUUGACUCCCGUGGAUGGUGGUAGCAGUGGGACGUGGGGCCGCAGUGGGCCCCCAAAGAAGGAAGAACUGGUUGGGGGCAAGAAGAAGGGCCGGACCUGGGGGCCCAGCUCCACGUUGCAGAAGGAGCGGGCUGGAGGAGAGGAGAGGCUGAAGGCCCUGGGGGAAGGAAGCAAACAGUGGUCAUCAAGUGCCCCCAACCUGGGUAAAUCCCCGAAACACACACCCAUCGCCCCAGGCUUUGCCAGCCUCAAUGAGAUGGAGGAGUUCGCGGAGGCAGACGGAGGCAGCAGCGUGCCCCCCUCCCCCUACACCACCCCAUCCUACCUCACCGUGCCGCUGCCCCCCGAGCCCUCCCCGGGCGCGCCCGCGCCCCCCACCCGGUCUGGGCCUAGUGGCCGGCGGCGCUGCGAGCUGGCCCUGCUGGGCUGCGCCUCGCUGCUGGGCGCUGUGGGCCUGGGCGCCGACGUGGCCGAGGCGCGUGUGGCCGACGGCGAGGAACAGCGGCGCUGGCUCGAUGGCCUCUUUUUCCCCCGCGCCGGCCGCCUCCCGCGGGGUCUCAGCUCGCCCGGGCGCUCCCCGGGCCGCCGCGACGACGCCUCCCCUGGCCAGGGCCUGGUGCCUUCGGCCACCCUUGUGUCGCUGUCGUCCGUGUCUGACUGCAACUCCACGCGUUCGCUGCUGCGCUCGGACAGCGAUGAGGCUGCGCCGGCUGCGCCCUCCCCGCCGCCCUCCCCACCCAGCACCAACCCACUGGUGGACCUGGAGCUGGAGAGCUUCAAGAAGGACCCCCGCCAGUCGCUCACGCCCACCCACGUCACCGCCGCGCGUGCUGUGAGCCGCGGGCACCGGCGGACGCCAUCGGACGGGGCGCUGGGGCAGCGGGGGGCGCCCGAGCACGCAGGCCCCCACCCUGGCCCUCGAGACCCCCUGGACUUCCCCCGCCUGCCUGACCCUCAAGCCCUGUUCCCAGCCCACCGCCGGCCCCCUGAGUUCCCUGGCCGUCCUACCACCCUGACCUUUGCCCCGAGACCCCGGCCAGCUGCCAGCCACCCCCGCCUGGACCCCUGGAAACUGGUCUCCUUUGGCCGGACACUCAGCAUCUCACCUCCGAGCAGGCCAGACACUCCAGAGAGCCCUGGGCCCCUCAGCAUGCAGCCCACACUGCUUGACAUGGACAUGGAGGGGCAAAGCCAAGACAGCACAGUGCCCCUGUGCGGGGCCGACGGCUCUCGCUGAGGCCUGCCCACCACCGCCCGCCUGGGCAGCUAUGAAUGUAGUGCCCCAGGCCCUGCCCCUGCCCACUGUGCCACAGGUGGGGGAGGCCCUGGGCAGGAUACUCUAUUUAUUGGGGAAAAGGGGGGAGGGGGACCAG